AUGUCAAACGACCGCUCAACAUCUCCAAUUUCUGUGCCACCCCCUUCAUCACGCCAGCGUCGAGCAUCCCUGGCAUCGGGGCUUUCUUUUACAGAUUAUCUUUCUAGAUCGGGCAGUCAAGGGGCUGCAGCCGGCGCUCCGUCUGGCUCCAUGGCCAAUGCGGCAACCGGUGCUCAGCCCAAUCAUGGACGACGGCUGUCGAUAACUACACUGGGUUUAUCUGGUUCUCCGACCCAAACUUCUCCAUUUGGACCUCGGCACAUUCGACACGGUAGUGUGUCUAGUUCUGUGGGAUCCAAUUCGGCGAACUUAGAGGAAGCCGUCAUGGAAGAUAAUGAGAAUGCCCCUCCAAGCGCUACCCCUAACUCCCCCUUCACGCGGCGCCUCUCCUUUGGGGCACAGGCAUUGCGCGAUGCCCGUGGGGGGAGUAUUGGCAACGGUAGAUACCCCUCUCCUACAUCUUCGGUGGCUGGUGGGCGACGAACUGUAUCGUUGGCUAGCGUACCUCCUGUCUCUAGCCCCCCAAGCUCAAUUGCUGCAAGUACAAACAAAGUCUUUCCCCAGAACGAUAGUUCUAACGCAUCUUGGCGACAAUUAGGCGAAGGCUUUAACUGGUCUGAGGCUCUACGGGCCCGGGCUGAGCGAGCACCGUCCUUAGGCGUUGUUUCGCCUAAUUUAGCCCAAGCCCAAAAUAUGGGCCAGCAAGGUCACCACCAGCGGGCUGCAUCCAUUACCUCAAUGGAGCAGCCGGCUCGGGAAUUACCAAAGCAGCCCAAGCAUAAUAAGCCCGACUUCUUCCAGGAGAAAAUUCUUAGAGGUGACUUCAUGGACUGA